AUGCUCACAGGCGAGAUCGAAAAGCCCUGGGUGACGGGAAAGGACUUCUAUGAGAGGCUCUCGUACUAUGUCACGUACAGCGUCGCGAUGUUGGGGAUCGUUGGCAGCGUCCUCCGCGUGUACUUCAGCUGGGUGCAGACUCCACGCCUCGGCAAUCUCUGUCUCGUCAUGGAGGACAAUUUCGACACCUUCGACAACCAGUAUACGUGGUUCCAGGAGGUCGACAUGAGCGGGUUCGGUAACGGCGAGUUCGAGAUGACCACCAACUCGCCAAACAACUCCUUCGUCGAAGAUGGCAAGCUCUACCUUGUCCCGACACUCACUUCCGACGUCAUCGGCACGAACAACGUGCUCAACGGCUUUACCUACAACAUCACCGGUUGUACUGCAACCAACUCCACGACUGGUUGCGGCGCCGUGUCGAACGAAACUGCAGGGGUCGUCAUCAACCCCGUCAUGAGCGCCCGUAUCUCGACGAAACACAGCCACAACAUCCAGUACGGCAGGGUGGAAGUAGUCGCGAAGCUUCCGCAAGGGGACUGGAUAUGGCCCUCCAUCUGGAUGCUUCCUGUCGAGGAGACGUACGGCGCUUGGCCGGCGUCGGGCGAGAUCGACAUCAUGCAGGCACGUGGAAACGCUCCCAGCUAUCCCGCUCAGGGCGUCGACUACGUCCGCGGGUCACUGCAGUGGGGUCCGUUUACGUGGCUCAACGGCGUCAGCAGGACGUUCGGCUGGUGGACGAACCGGCGCCAGACAUUCGCGGAGAAGUUCCACACGUUCGCGAUGGAGUGGAGUCCGGAGUUUAUCCGGCUCUACGUCGACUCGCGUCUCACGUACAUGCUCUACCUGCGCUUCAACGAGCCCUUCUUCAAGCGUGGGGACUUCCCGCCCGUCGUCCAGAACGGGACCGACUUCAUCUCCACGCCUGACCCCUGGAAGGACGGAACUCCCAACGUUGCGCCGUUCGAUAAGCCCUUCUACCUGAUCAUGAACGUCGCUGUCGGUGGUACUAGUGGAUGGUUCCCGGACGGCGCUGGAAACAAGCCCUGGCUCGAUCAUUCGUUGACCGCCAUGCAGGACUUCGCCUUGGCCCAAGACGAGUGGUAUGCGACUUGGCCUCAAAACAUCGCCGAGCGCGCGAUGGUCGUCGACUCGGUCAAGAUGUGGCAGCGUUGCUAA